GGAGGUGUGGUGCGGGGCGAGCGUGACAAACGGAGAGUUUGUCGUCCUUGUGACGUCAUCACGCCAGGCCAUUGUGGGCGGUGUCAGUAUAAUACGCGUAAACCCGGAAGUGCUUUCGCGUUUUCCUCAAAACACAUAAAUUAUUCUUAUUCAUGUACCUAAAUAAUGGGUAUAACAAAAUUAGCCGACUUGAUUCGCAGUGAGGCGCCCAGUGCCAUCUCUUACAAGAAAAUAAACGACUAUUCAGGCAAAAUUGUUGCUCUGGAUGUGUCAAUCGUGCUGAAUCAGUUUCGCACUGCUGUCCCCAAUUUCCACAUGAGUGCCCUCACUGGCCUAUUCUUUCGUACACUGCACUUCCUUGAGCAUGACAUCAAGCCUGUCUUUGUGUUUGAUGGGUUCCCGCCCGAGCAGAAGAAGACUGAGCUGCAGAAAAGAGCAAAGGCUGCUGGCCGUUCAAGUUUCUAUAUUUCUGGCAAAGAUUCCCCUCGCAUCCAGGACUGUAAGCGCAUCUUAGAACUCUUGGGUGUCCCUUACAUCCAGGCUCCGGGGGAUGGUGAAGCGUUCUGUGCCCAGCUGGUGAAGCAGGGGAAGGUUGAUGCUGUGGCAUCAGAGGACAUGGAUACCAUGCCUUUUGGCAGUGAACUUCUCAUCCGCCAGUUUGACGCCAAGAAGGACAGUGAUGUUGUGGAAUAUUGUCUCUCUAAGCUAUUGGAUGUUCUCCAGUUGACCCACAAAGAGUUUGUCGACCUGUGCAUCCUCCUGGGGUGUGACUACUGUGAAAAGAUCCAGGGCCUCGGGCCUAAAAGGGCUCUGAAACUAAUCCAGCAGCACAAGACCAUAGAAGAAGUGGUGCUUCAUAUCAAUAGACAGACUCAUCCUGUUCCUGUUAGAUGGACCUACAAGGAAGCACGUAGACUCUUCUUAGAGACACCAGGGUGUAAUCCGCCAGAUCUGAUUUGGACCGAGCCCAACGAGGAUGAGCUGGUCCAAUUCCUGUGCCAUGAGAAACACAUAAAGGAGACCAGGGUCCGAGGACGGAUGGAGAAGUUCCAUCAGAUGCUCCAAGAGAGGAGGAAAGCUCGUGAAGAGGAGAGGAAGACGGGUCAGACUCACAUGGAGGACUUUUUUCGAGUGACACGAAAACGACAGGCCGCUGAAGUUUUGAGGAGCCCCAGAAGCAAGAAGGCCAGGCCUCAGUGACAGGCCUGACUGCGGGAGUGUUACGAAGGAGAAGUGCCUCACCUCCUGCCUGCAGAGAAGUGUAAGCCCAAGAUCCAAGCAAGUGAAACUUCUGUUAAUUGAUAGGGAAGUUCCUUGUGUGUGAUUUCAUUCAAAGGACUGGUGCAAAUUAUGUAAUACUUUGUAUCGCAGGGUGACAUAUAGAAAUAAUAUUCUAUAGUGUCAUUUUAUUUUCAAGGCCAUUUUUAUAUAGAACUGUACCAGUGACCAUAAAUCUAAAAAAUAAAAUCAUCAUUAUUAUUGUUAUUGCUAUAGAUCAGGUUAUAUUGGAUCAAUUUUGUUGUUGUUUUUUUGAUCAUGCCUUUGAUAUACCAACAUUACUGGUAUCUUACCAAUAUUAUUUAUUUUAUUUGUUGAAUUAAAUUUGCAAUAGAAUAUUAGGAAAAA